AUGGUCAAUUCAACACAGACUUCUGGCCCUUUACAGGCAUUGAGCGGUUACGUGGCAUCGUAUGGCUGGGGUCCUCUUUUGUCCAUUUCGCGGAGCACUGUACUCUCGCUUUUGUCGCGUAUUCAGAUUGGACACCUAAGACUAGUAGACGUGGACGGGAAAGACUCGACCUAUGGACAGAAACAGGUCGUCAAUGGAAAAUCGGAAAAGAGCGUUUGCUCUCUGCCCGACGUAGAAUUGACUGUGCACAAAGAUGUAUUCUGGGUGCGCAUGCUGCUCUUCGCAGACAUGGGUUUCGCAGAGAGCUAUAUGCUUGGAGAAGUCUCCUGCUCUGACUUGACAGAGUUCUUCCGGUUGUUCAUCGUCAAUCGCAACCACCUCUCGAACGGAUCCACGCUCACCUCGAACCUCUCCGCAAAACUCUCGUACCUGCUACGCAAAACAAACACACUUACAACUGCUCGUCUCAACAUCGCUGCGCAUUAUGACAUCUCCAACGACAUGUUUGCUGCAUUCCUGUCCCCAGACAUGACAUAUUCAUGCCCGAUCUGGCUGCCGAAGUCGGAUCCUCGUUCCUCCGAAGAGACGUUAGAGCAAGCUCAAAUGCGCAAGUUGAGACGCUUCAUCACCAACGCGAAGAUCAAGAAGGACGACCAUGUCUUGGAAAUCGGCACUGGUUGGGGCAGUUUUGCGAUUCUGGCAGUGAAAGAGACAGGAUGUCGCGUCACGAGUUUGACACUGUCAAUUGAGCAGAAGGCUUUGGCCGAGGAAAGAAUCGCAGAGGCCGGCUUCACGGACCGUAUUGAGGUGCUUUUGUGCGACUACCGCGCUCUGCCGACACCAAAAGACGGGAAGCUAUACGACAAAGUUGUCAGCAUUGAGAUGCUGGAAGCAGUGGGCAAGGAAUACCUGAACACCUAUUUCGAAUGUGUUGACAAGCUCCUGAAGCCUGAGGGAGGUGUUGCAGUCUUCCAAUGCAUCACAAUGCCCGAAAGCCGUUACGAUGCAUACAGCAACUCGGACGAUUUCAUUCGACGAUACAUUUUCCCUGGUGGCCAUCUUCCGACCAUUACCCAGCUGCUAGACUCUGUCCGAGCUGGUUCCUCUUGCAGGCUGAUCCCAGAGUCCGUGGAGAAUAUUGGCCCGCACUACGCAAAGACACUGCGACUAUGGCGCGAAGAAUUUAUGCAAAAUUUCGACCAAAAGAUCAAGCAAUCGCUAUUGGAAGAACACGAAGGCAUGACCGAAAAGGAUGUGGAUUUGUUCCGCAGGAAGUGGGAAUAUUAUUUUGCUUACUGUGAGGCUGGCUUCGUCACCAAGACUUUGGGCGAUGUUAUCUUCACGGUCGGAAGAGAAGGCGCGGUGGAGAUGAUGGAAGAUGUGCCCGUUUAG